AUGACCAUCCCACCGGACACGAAUGUUUUCCCAAUUAAACCGAGUCAUUAUUGGCCUGGUGGGAUUCCCGCCUCUGUGAGGUUUCAACCCGAGUCGGAGAUACCCACGGAGCAAUUCAUUGAGGACACUAAAGGCUGGAUAUUUUUUCUUUCUGAAAACUGGGUCACUCUCGAGGCAGCCGGUAUAACCGGCGAUCCCUCGGACUAUGAAUUUCGCCAGCGUCGCGAGCUGAUUGUCAGAUGGGCGGAGGCCGAACAGACUUUUCGGGAUAUACGGCCAGGCGGUCUUCAAAGGUGGUGCCUCAUGAUUGAUCAAAGCAACCUCGACGAGGGAACUAUGUCCGCUGUGGAGUAUGGGCAUAAUGGCGCGCUGAAGGAAGAGGUCCGAUUUCGUCCGUUUUGGAUUGAAAACAUUCUGAUCAGACUAUCAAACUCCGGUUUUGAAGACCUGAAUGAUAAUUUGUUUGGUUGUGUUAAUAUGAAUGGCACAGUACUUGAAAUGCUGGAGCGGUAUCCUCUUUGUUGGGAGGUUACCAGUAGCUCGGAAGUCAUGACCACGCUUAAUCUCAAACCGAAAGCCGUUCCUCACGUCACCGGCGGCGUGUAUGAGGACACCAAGGUCCGGGUCCUGGUGAGAGCGUACCAGUACGACCAAUGGUCUUUGAAAGGGGCACCGUUGUAG